AUGCUGGUCUCCGUUGAAAAUAUACCCUAUAUUCUGCUAGCUCUGGCAGCGGCCUACUACCUGGUGCCGUACUUCCAGCGCUGGCAUUUGCAUGAUAUUCCCAGCCCGAGCUUGGCUUCUUUCACCAACUUAUGGGUGCUCGCCCAAGCCCGCCAGGGUAAGCGCUUCCUAUCUGUUGAUGCGCUGCACAAGAAGCACGGCAAGCUUGUUCGCAUUGCGCCCCGCCACGUCUCUAUCGCCGACGAUGCCGCCAUCACCCAGGUCUACGGUCACGGAAACGGUUUCCUGAAGGCUGACUUCUAUGAUGCUUUCGUUUCCAUCCGUCGUGGUUUGUUCAACACUCGCGACCGUGCGGAGCACACCCGCAAGCGCAAGACUGUUGCCCACACUUUCUCUGCCAAGUCUAUCGGUCAAUUUGAACAGUAUAUCCACCACAACAUCGAAACCUUCGUCAAGGAGUGGAACAAAAUGUCCGAUCUGCAGGCUAACCCCAAGACCGGCUACGCUACCCUCGACGCUUUGAACUGGUUCAACUACCUGGCUUUCGACAUUAUCGGAGAUUUGGCCUUCGGUGCACCCUUCGGCAUGAUCGAGAAGGGUCAGGAUAUCGCUGAGAUGCGCAAGAGCCCCAAUGAUCCCCCCAAGUAUGUCCAGGCUGUCGAAGUUCUCAACCGUCGCGGUGAGGUUUCAAACGCUCUUGGCUGCCUGCCUAGUCUCAAGCCCUUCGCCAAGUAUCUCCCCGACAAGUUCUUCACCCAGGGUAUCGAGGCCGUCGAGAACCUGGCUGGUAUCGCUAUUGCCCGUGUCAACGAACGUCUCAAGCCCGAGGUUAUGGCCAACAACACUCGUGUCGAUCUGCUCGCUCGUCUCAUGGAAGGAAAGGAUAGCAACGGUAACAAGCUCGGCCGCGAGGAACUUACCGCUGAGGCCCUCACUCAACUGAUCGCUGGCUCCGACACCACCUCUAACACCGCCUGCGCUAUCCUGUACUGGUGCCUCCGUACCCCCGGUGUGAUCGCCAAGCUGCAAAAGACCCUGGAUGACGCCAUUCCCACCGACAUCGACGUUCCCACCCACGCUAUGGUCAAGGAUAUCGAAUACCUGCAGUGGGUCAUCUGGGAAACCAUGCGUAUUCACAGCACCUCCGCCAUGGGUCUGCCCCGUGAGAUCCCCGAGGGCGCCGCUCCUAUCAACAUCUCCGGUCACACUUUCGGCCCCGGCGAUGUCCUCUCCGUCCCAAGCUACACCAUUCACCGCUCCAAGGAAAUUUGGGGUCCCGAUGCCGAGGAGUUCAACCCCGAGCGUUGGUCUUCCAAGAAUCUGACUGCUCGCCAGAAGGCUGCUUUCAUUCCCUUCUCUCACGGCCCCCGUGCCUGCGUCGGCCGCAACGUUGCCGAGAUGGAACUUCUCGUCAUGGGCGCUACUGUCUUCCGCCUCUUCGAGUUCCAGAUUGAGCAGGAUGGUCCCAUGGAGACUCGCGAGGGCUUCCUUCGCAAGCCUCUUGGUCUGAUUGUUGGCAUGAAGCGCAGAACUCAUGCUUAA